AGUGAGCUGGCAACACAGUUGAAUGCUUUCGUUUGAUCCAUGAUCGUUUGUAAUGUCGCCAUCGAGUUUACAGGAUCGUCUUUUAUAAAGUUAUAUCAAGAUAUUUCUGAAAAGUUUGUGGACGUGAUAAGACUUCUAAAGUAGCUUAUGCAUCUAAAGAGAACUUUUAGUGAAUUUGUUUAGUGUCGGACUAUAAUAAAUAUUUGUGAUAAGUUUCUAAUUUUAAUCGCCCCUGGAGGGUAUUUUUGGCAAAAUGAUGACCGAAAACAGAAUAAGUUCAAGUAAUCACGUCGGAAACAUGAGCAAUCAAAAGGGAGACGUCGAUAAAACUGUUGAAGAUAUAGGGUGGAAAUCAAAAUUAAAACUACCCCCUAAAGACCGAAGAAUAAAAACUAGUGACGUAACAGACACAAGAGGGAAUGAGUUUGAAGAGUUUUGCUUGAAAAGAGAAAUUCUGAUGGGCAUUUUUGAGAAGGGUUGGGAAAAGCCAUCACCCAUUCAAGAGGCUUCAAUUCCCAUUGCCCUCAGUGGUAAAGAUGUGCUCGCAAGAGCUAAGAAUGGAACGGGCAAAACAGGAGCUUACUGUAUCCCAGUUUUAGAACAAGUGGAUCCAAAGAAAGACACUAUACAAGCUUUAAUUGUAGUUCCUACUAGGGAGCUAGCACUACAGACAUCACAAAUUUGCAUUGAGCUGGCAAAACAUACAGAUAUUCGUGUUAUGGUCACCACGGGAGGCACAAACCUUAGAGAUGACAUAAUGCGUAUUUAUCAAAAUGUUCAAGUAAUAAUUGCCACUCCGGGGCGUAUGAUUGAUCUCAUGGACAAGCAGGUAGCUAAGAUGGAGAACUGCCGAAUGCUGGUACUCGAUGAGGCUGACAAACUCCUAUCACAAGACUUCAAAGGAAUGCUAGACACAGUUAUAUCAAGAUUACCUAGAGAAAGGCAGAUACUGUUAUUCUCGGCGACUUUCCCGCUAAGUGUUAAACAGUUCAUGGAAAAGCAUUUGAAGGAGCCGUACGAGAUUAACCUCAUGGAGGAGCUGACAUUGAAAGGAGUGACCCAGUACUACGCGUUCGUGCAGGAGAGACAAAAAGUUCACUGUUUAAAUACACUGUUUUCAAAGUUACAAAUAAACCAGUCGAUAAUAUUCUGCAACUCUACUCAGCGAGUGGAGCUGCUGGCCAAGAAGAUAACGGAGCUGGGCUAUUGCUGCUACUACAUCCACGCGCGCAUGGCGCAGGCGCAUCGCAACCGCGUGUUCCACGACUUCCGCGCCGGCCUGUGUCGCAACCUCGUGUGCUCGGACUUGUUCACGCGCGGCAUCGACGUGCAGGCCGUCAACGUCGUCAUCAACUUCGACUUCCCGCGCAUGGCCGAGACCUACCUGCACCGCAUCGGCCGCUCCGGGCGGUUCGGCCACCUCGGUAUCGCCAUCAAUCUCAUCACGUACGAGGACCGCUUUGCCCUGCACCGCAUCGAGCAGGAGCUGGGCACCGAAAUCAAGCCCAUCCCCAAGGUGAUCGACCCCGCGCUCUACGUCGCCCGCGCCGACGAGGACGACUCCAAGUAACGCUGAGACGCUCGCGCGCUCGUUACGCCCCCGCUAUCUGGACGUUAGCCGACUGGUGAAAGGAAUUAGUAAAUUACGAAAACCUACUUGUAAAAAGUUUAAUGAAUUUAUUGUACUAAAAUGUGCGUGUAAAUAGUUUAUUGUGAAUAAGACUCGAACCUGAAAAGAUUACUUUUUUAAAGUGUACAUAAACAUCGGGACUCACGGAAGGCUCCCUGUGCCUUUGUCCAUAUUGGAUACUGUGCGUGGUUUCCUACACUCGUUAAAACAUAAAAUAUUUAUCUGUAUAUCUCUACUACUGUGUUUGGAGUCUAUCUAAAUUUAUUUUUGAACUAACCAUAAAUUGUGAUAGACUUUCGUCGGGUGCAUUUACGCACCCCACCUGCCCAUACAUUUGCUAUUUGAGCUAGCACCGGUUUAUUUUGUUAAAAAAAACAUAGGUGUGUCAGUACUUUUGUUACUUCUGUGGUAUGGGUAGGUUUCAAGACUAGCUCAAAUGAACACAUUUAUUCCAUUGUUUUUGCCCCAAUGUGUGAGAACAUUGUUCCUGUCCGCUUGGAAUGAUGGUAUUGAUGAGCCUUUCAUUUUUAUUAAAAUUAAAUUACCACAACAAUUACACUUAUUUGCCAAUACUCCUCUCGGGAAGGUAUUAUUUAUUUGAUAUAGGUUGUUCUGGUAAUUUAUUUUUAUAGUUUUUUUUUGUUAUAUUUAAGCGGUAAAGUCACAUUUAAAAGCGCCUAGCAGCUCCGAGAACAACAAAUAACGAGUAGUUUGAUUUUUUCACAAUCAUUUCGAAAAAUCUUAAAUGUAUCUGCUAAAUAUCUGUUGCGCUUUAAAAUCAACUUAUGUGUGACCAGUAACGAGGUGAAGCAAUGAUCUGUGGUGUUUCACGGCUCGCACUGCGGACAUUGCUUUGUCUGGGGGAUUCAAUGUGAGAGCAUAGUGUUCAGCGAUAGAGAAUUUGCUCUCGGGGUGUAAACUUUUUGGAUGUCAAGUGAAGAGUUACAUAUUCUUGGUCAAUGCUGACUACUCGUGAAAUAUUUUCUUUUGUUUGCACUGCCAAUAAAUCGGCUCCAGAGUGAUUAAGUGGAUCUGUAUUUUGUAGUGGUUUCUUGCCAUUUUCCGCAUAAUAUUAUUUUCCUUGGAAGUGUCGGUAAAAUCACAACUUGUGUGUAAAUCUGAGAAAAAAAGUAUCUUUCAUAUCUGUGAUAUAUUUUAACUUGUGAAAAGUAUGGGCAUUGAUAGUUUUUGGGAUGAGAUGAUUCUGUGUAUUUAUUAGUUGUCUUCCGAAAGAAUUAGAUUAAGAAAACUUAUUUAAAAGACGGAUAUCAGUUUGCAAAGACUUUGCAGUGAUUACAUUAGUACAAAAAAAUGAAUUUCGAUUUAUCAUUCUGUUGAUGUUGUCUGUCUUAGUCUCAUCUCAUGUGAG